UUUUUGUGUUGCUUCUAGUUGAAACUGUAAACUGAUUGAUGUCCAACUUGAACAAUUGUCAAGUAUUUAUACCCAAAAUAGUCUUUAUUCAGUUAGUGAAGCUGCUAAAAUGCAUCAAACAAUUUCCAGUCUUCGAACUGUAAACAAAUCAACAAACAAAACAAAAUGUUCAAAUUCGCUGUUGUCAUCCUCGCUGUCAUCGCUUGUGUUGCUGCCAAGCCUGGAGUUCUCCUGAACCAGCCUUUGGCUUAUGCUGCACCUGCUGCAGUUGUUGCUGCUCCUGCUCCAUAUGUGACUGCCACCAGCAGCCAAGUGAUUGCCCGCAACUACAAUGGAAUUGCAGCUGCUCCGGUGAUUGCUCCAGUUGCUACUCCGUUGGCUGCUCCAGUUGCUGCUCCAGUCAUUGCCAAGUACGCUGCUGCUCCUCUGGCUGCUCCUCUGGCAUACAGCUCUCCAUUGGCUGCCCCUCUUGCGUACAGCGCUCCUUUGACUGCGCCCCUGGCGUAUUCCGCCCACCACGUUGCUGCCCCAGUUCUGUUGUAAGAACUUGUGAUCAAACUGAAAAA